AUGGUUGCUGUCAAGAACGUUCUCGUCGUGGCCCUCGCCGGCUUCGCCAUCGCCGGCCCCCGUAGCACCAAAACCCCAUCCGGCAACUCAACCACACCCGCCACCAAGAUCCCCAAGGUCAUCGACCUCUGUGACAACCCGAUCGGCCGCGGCCUCAUGCGCUUCCGGGCAGUUCCCAAGGAGCGAACGUUGGCGGCCAAGGAUCGCUUCGUGAAUUGUUUCAAGACCCGCGGCGCGAACCUGCCCGAGAGGAUGAGGCCCAACUGCACCGAAGGCAUCAUCGGACCCGAGACCUUCAUCAAGUGCACCAUGAUGUUUGCAAAGGAGGUGGACGUCUUCGCCGCGGAGAAGGGCUGCCCAAGGCCCCAAAAGAACGAGACCAAGUCCCUCGCCAAGAGGGAGCUCCCGCCUCUCGAGGUCCAGGCCGCCGCGGACCCGAGACUCGUCAUCCUGACCGAGCUCUACUUCUGCCUCAAGGCCAUCGUUGUGCGCCCGGAACUCACCCGGGAGCAGCGCAACGUGAACAAGCUUAGGUGCUUCAAAGACAUUGGGGUCAAUAUCAAGAAUAUGAAGGAGGAGGCCAAGAAGAAGGAGAAGAACAAAGGGGAGCUGCAGGGUCUGGCCGCCUCUGAAGAGGGCGACCUCGACAUGCUCGUCGCACAGUACGUCGAGCGUAUUGUCCUCGAUUCUAAGGACCUCGACGAGAUUGAGGAUAGCGUGUCCGAGGCCUACGCUGAGAUCCAUGAGCAGGACACCGCUGUUCUGGAUGUCACGACCUUGUUGCUUUGA